AAUGAAACAUUUUCAGCAGUUCCGUCUUACAGAACCAUCGCCACUAGCUUCAGUGAGGAAAAUGGACAAGGUGAGAUUGCUCGACAGAACCGCAUAACACAACAGAUCCUGGCACAAUAUCUACAGAGACGCCUGUUUCCAAACCUCAGUACCACGACGACACCCUCACCGACCGUCCUCCUCCGACUAAGGGAUCAGCAUCACCAUCAUCAAGCUCAUCAAGUCGAUGGCGAUGACAGGCUGGAGACAGUAGAGUCGGAGCAAAUCUCCAAUGUCUACUUCACCUCGGAAGGCGAAUGCACCAACUGUGUGGACGAGGGUGUGACCUUGGCCGGCAACAGAUGGACAAUGCCGUUACUAAAACUGGGGGAAAAGCGAUAUUAUCUCGGAAUCUUCUUCAAGGCGAACUGGUACAGAGCUGCUCAGUACUGUCGUUACCACGGGAUGCACCUGGCGAGUAUCAGCAGUCAAGAAGAGAACGACAAGUUGGAAAAACACAUCAGGGAUUUCGGACUGGGCCACGAACAUUUCUGGACAUCAGGGACGGACCAAGCCGAAGAGGGUGUGUUCUUCUGGAUGUCAACCGGUCGGCCUGUCACCUUCACUAAUUGGAACACUGGAGAACCGAAUAAUUUUCGGUACGAGAACGGGGAAGAAGAGCAUUGUCUGGAACUCUGGAACCGUGAUGGGAAGGGUCUCAAAUGGAACGAUACGCCGUGCUCCUUUGAGACAUUCUUCGUGUGUGAAGUGCCUUGACCUUAGUGGGUGUCGACUUGAAUGUACAUAGCUUUUCUCUCCGCCACGGGAUUGCAGGCCAGAUCGCGGUAACGUUCCACUGCAGUGUUAAGACGUCAACCCAACAAGGAAUUCAGGAAGUCGCAGUACAGAAGUCUUAAUGGAGAAUAUUUCAAUUUGGUAUUCUCAAGAUUACAGAAAUUGCACUGGUGGAAUUUUGAAAGUGAAAUUUUGAAAUUUGAAUUUUUUUACACUUCUGCAAUUCUAUUUGUGCUCCAAAUUAAGGGAACAAUGAGCUUGAUUGAGAGUUGCUGCAAAAAUAACACAGGGAAUUCCAAAUUCACAUACAGUUAAAUUGGUAAAUAAGACCUAAACGUUUGUGGCGAUGGCACAUUGGUCGUAUUACAGCUCUAAUCAAUCGUGUUUUCAGGGAAAUAUCAGAGCUAAGGAAAUAUUUUGUAAAUGUGAGUUAAGUUGGCACUACAGCAAUGUGAAAUAUUACUGUAAUAUUUUGGGACUCUAGUUAUCUGUGAGAUAACGUAAUAUGAACAAUAUUUGUUGCGUUAUAACAACUAACUCUUUUACUGAAACUGUUUUUUAACGACUGUCGUUCAUACUUGGGUGUCAACGUCACCAUCUUCUUUUAAAUACUGUGUAACCAUGCUCAUUCAUUUAAUUUCAUUUUCAUGUUCGUGUGUUUAAAGUACGAAAUGCAUAUUUUGGGUAUUGUAUUCCUUA